AUGGAGCAAAGCGGUUUCGCCAAAUAUAAUGGCACCAGCAGCAGUUGGUGCGUGUUUAAUCUUGUCUCGAAGAGUGCUCAGUGGAUCAGUUUAUACUUUAACUAAGCGACAGAUAUGUUAUAGUAUUCCGUGCUAUUACAGAAGAUAUAAAGCCUUGCGGUUUAUGCACACAACUUGCAGAAUGUCUUGUGAAAAGACAGACUUUGCCAGUGUUAGUAAAGAGGAGUGGGUGAAGAGGUUGACACCAGAGCAGUAUUAUGUAACCAGGGAGAGUGGUACUGAACCCCCUUUCUCUGGUAUUUACAAUAGCCAUUUUGAGAAGGGCAUUUACAAGUGCACAUGUUGUGGGUCAGAAUUAUUCAGCUCAGAAGCAAAGUUUGAGUCUCACUGUGGCUGGCCAUCUUUCCAUACGGCUCUUGGUGCAAACAACAGAGAUGAAUCCAAGACAAAUGUUCUCCGCCGACCAGACGACUCUCACGGCAUGAAGAGGGUGGAAGUGCUCUGUAAAAAUUGUAAUGCCCACCUUGGUCACGUGUUCAAUGAUGGGCCGAAGCCAACUGGUGAACGAUUUUGUAUAAACAGUGUUUCGCUGAAGUUUGAAAGUGGGGAAUGAUCAAUGAUCACACUCUUGGUCACGGCAUACGUGGUUUUGGUCAGAAAGUUAUGACAAUACAUGAAUUGUCUUGGCAGCCAGGACAAUUACAUUAUGUAUCUGCUAUUUCUCUAUCAAGUCCCAAGCCCAGGACUUUAAUGAUAAUUAUAAUAUUUAUUAUUUAAUCGUUGCAACCAAAGGGUUGAAGUUUUGCAGAGAAAUUAAUGGGGAUUAAUCCUAUAAAACUUAAUAAGUAAGAACGAUGUAAAAGCAAAUAGAAAUUAAAUUACUGAAUUGAGAAAAAAAUAAAUAAAUAAAAGAAUAAAUUAAUUAAUAAACUCGCUGCAAAUAUGUUGUUUUCAACUAAGGCACUAUGUGAUAAUAAUCAAUCAGAACGGAUUUUGAUUUGUAUGCUUCUCAUUUGUAUGCUGACCACCUGAACCAUUUCUGUUCACAGGCAGCACGGUAAAU